UUGCUGUGAUAUCAGUAUUGAACAGAGAUUAAUAGAAGUCGGAACAAUGAACUAUAAAAUUUGCUACGUAUUCGCGUUGGCCUUCUUCGACGCCGCCCUUUUAUCAGCCGCCUUAAUAAACAACCCAGAACCCUUACUCGUGCCAUGUAACGUCGGAGACCUUGAAUGCCUGAAAAGAUCCACGGAAUUAUUUUUGAGGCAAACCUAUAAAGGAAUACCUGCCUUAAACAUAUUGCCUAUUGAUCCUUUAUCCAUUCCUGCAUUGGACGUUCCAUUUCAGGGUGAUAAUUUGGUGUACCUGAAUAAAAAUAUUACUGUGACGGGGUUGGGACCUCAGAAAUUGGAGGCGCUUAAAAUGGAUCUUAGAACUGGUUCGGUAGUGCUCACGACAUCUGCCGAUGUGAACAUACACGGCGACAUCAAUCAGGUGUUCCGCAAUCUGGGAAGGACCGUGGCGGGACAUUUCUGGACAUACGGACGUGUGUUAUGCACAGCUUCAUACAGUUACAAUCUACAAAGAGACGGCAUGGGAGUUGAACAUUAUGUAGUCGGUCCCGAAACUACCUCCUGCGAACUUGUCGACACGCCGGUAGUUUCAUUCAGUUCUCAGUUGGCGGAAACUUGCAAUGAUGCAUUUUGUCCAGAGGGGAUAAAACAGUUGUGGAAAACGAAUUUCUGCAAAAUAGUAGAGAAAGCGUACGUCACUGUCGUUCACAACAUCAGGGCGGCUGCUAAAGUUCUACCUGCGACAGCGUUCUUUAAAAACCCUCAUGGAAAUGGAAAUUAAAAUAUUUAAUUU